AUGAUUUCCUCAGACAGGGUGGUCCAUCCCCACAGGCGCACUGUUCGGUCAAUUGGCGUGGCCUUGGAUUCCCCAAUGAUCGGCGAGGCCCCGUUGGUCCCGUUCGCCAUUCUUCACACCUGGGGCCCGAACAUUUUUGCCUGUGGCGAAGCCGCCGGCCGUGAAUGUGACACAAUCGAUACGAUGCACGAAGCCAUUCGCAAGGCCGGGUUUGUGGAUGUCCAUGACAAGACCUAUAAAUGGCCGAUUGGGCCUUGGGCACGCGAUCAGCGCUACAAGGAGGCUGGUACGGCCAACUACCAACACUGGAUGUCUGGAAUGGAGGGCUGGUGUAUGUGGUUAUUGACCAAGUUCGGCGCCCCGGAGCCGUGGACCAAGGAUGAAGUGCUUGUCUACGUGGCCAAGCUGCGCCAAGAGCUCAAGAACCCGCGCUUCCACAUCUACCAGCGCGCGUAA